AUGACCGACAAUACAAAUGCGUACAAAGAUUUAGCUGAGAAUUCUAAUGAACUAUACCACUUAUCUGAGGAUGAACAUUGGAUUAAUCUGGCAGAGAUUACAAUCCAGUUAAGGGCCUGCCGCCGCUCCGAGUUCCCGUGCGAAAAUGGCCGAUGCGUGCCUCUUAACCGCCUCUGCGACGCUGCGGACGACUGUGGGGACUCCUCCGACGAGCCCCGGUUCUGCACACCCUGUAACCGCACGUACUACGGGGAUGUGGGCAAAACGUAUCAGCUGGAGCUCCACAGGCCGAGAGAAGACCGUCUACCAUUCGUGUGCUACCUCACGUUCCAGGCAGCAGGAGGUGACCUCGGGGACCUCGUCCAGCUGACCUUCGACAGUUUCACCCUCGGUCGGUUCUUAUCCUUCACGGCCGGAGGGUGUCCGGACGGGUCGCUGCAGAUCUCAGAGGCGGACCGUCCGGUGGUCGGCGGCUCCUGGUGUGGCACCUCGGGGGGCGCAGCCCUCUACUACAGCGAGACCCGUGCGGUGAGCCUAGCUCUGCGCCUCACGCGGUUGGCCAGCGACCAGACGGGUUACAACUUCGACUACCGAAUGGGUUACAAGAUGCUGCCUCGAGACGCAGCCGUCGUGCGGUACGGAGGAUCCCUGCCAGGGACUCUUCACACCGUGGCCUAUUUGAACCUGAGCACACCAGUUCCCCUGACAACGCCAGUAAGUUCCCCAACAGCGACCCCUACGCCGCGUCCUCAGUACGACCUCGGCGACCUGAUGUCGGGGACGUACUGUUCUCGGCUGUUCACGGACUGCGACCGCAAGACUUGCCGGCUGCAGUCUCCCAACUUCCCCGGCAUCUACCCGCGGAACCUGACGUGCUACUACGCCGUCCGGCAGCACGACGUGCCUGCAGGCAAGCAGGCUCUGAUCGCCGUGCGGCAGCCUGAAGGCCACCUCGUGGCCAUCCGCAGUCAGUCGGCCUUGUACGGGCAAAGCAGUCAGCAACAACAGCAACAGCAUCGCACCAGGGAACUCAAGGUGUGGUCGGAAUGCGACGACGUACAAGAUUACGUGACGGUGUACGACGGCUACACGACCCGCGACGCGGUGCUCCUCAAGUUCUGCGGGGGCGGAGAGGCGGUGCCGGAGGCGGUGUCCAGCGGCCCGGAGCUCCUGGUAGAGUUCACGAGCUCCCCCUACGGCACCUUCGUGUACCCCGCCCCUCUCCAAGCCCUGCACGGGUUCCAGCUAGAAAUACAAGUACGGUUCGUGGACCAACAUUCUCCGACGUUCGCCAGAAACAAGCGUUGCGAGUUCUGGAUACGGGGAUCGAACAAGGGGACUCUGGAGACGCCUCAGCACUCACUGCCUCGCAAUACGACGUGCCUCUACCACCUGCAGGGGGCGAAGACCCCAAUUCUGCCAUUGCAGUAUCCUGCGGACUUGCGUCCUCCCCCACCCAGAUACAAAGUCUGGAUAUCGAUACUCAAGUUCCACGUCUCGUCCACAAUCGAUCCUCAGCUGCAGGAGGAGGAAGGCUGCACGAGUCAACUAAACAUCUGGGAUGGCGCCCUGAAGAAGAUACAGGAAUCAACGAAGUGCAAUGACAUAGUAUGCAGUGACCCUGUGACCGGGACAGACAAAAUGGCGCGGUACCCUGCCGUUAUAACUGGCAGCGGCAGUGGGAACAAGGUGCUUGUGACGGCCACAGAGGCGGGCAAUGCCACGCUUCUCGCCACGUUCUGCAAGGACCGUGUGCCUCGCAGCUGCGACCACAAGCUCCUCGCCAACAGCACGCGCCUACCACGACCAUGUUCCCUGGCUGAGAGCUUCUUGUCCUCGGGCGACAGCCUGACCCUGGAACUACGCCUGGCAGAAUCCACGGCCCUCAGACCAGUCUCUUUCCGAGCCUUCUACGAGUUCGUCGACCUUCAUGUAGACGGCGAGCAGUACGGCACUGGACCGUGCUCCAGGAAAUUCGUCAGACGAUCGCAGGCCCCAUUACCAGAAAUGACGCAGAAUUUUAAGGCACCGAGAAACGUGUUCCUCUACGGAAGAGGGGGGUCGCCUAAUAUGAGUUGCACGUACCGUUUCGAGGCGCAACGUGGCGAGCGCGUCAAGCUCAGGAUAACCCGUUUGCAGACAGGAGGUCGUCGCUGCUCGAACGUGCUUCAACCAGACCUGGGGCGCUUUCAGUGCGACGCAGACUGCACGGCGUCACUACGCGUCUACGAACAGCCGUGGGCCGACAACCAGCCCCUAGAACGCGACUGCCUGUGUUCAUCAACGCGCCAAAUGCUCCCCUUCACGUUCGUCUCGACGUCUCACGUCGUAGAAUUGCUAUUCACCGUCACUGGCAUGAACGCCUCAGAUGAUUUCAACAACUUCAACUUCGAAGGUAGCUGGGAAUUCAUAAGAACUCCCGUGUGCGCCAGAAAACAGAGGCUGUCUGGGGCAAGUGGGGAGAUCAAGUUCCGAUCGCCGAGCAGGACGCCAGAGGAGGUGAACUGCGAGAAUCACCCGUGGCUCAUCGAACCGGCCGCCGGCCGCUACCUGUACGUCAAAAUGCGCGGUGUCCCGCUUCAGCAGCGGUGGGUCUCGGCCGACCAGGUCAACGACACCAACGAUCAAGCACACCAGCAGCAAGCGGUGUGCGGCACGCGGAACAGGAUCGCUCUGCACUCGGGAGGUUCGGUCCACGUCGUGGUCUGUCCCCAACCCCCCAUGUCACAGAGACACCACAUAGUAGAGGUGUUCUCCGAAGGCUGGGUUAUCAGCGGCACCAAACUGGUGCACCAUCCCGUUUUCUCCACCGAGGACCAGGUGGGCCAGCAGUCGCGGAGCGUCACAGUCGAGUUCCUGGCGCACGAGGCCGGUUCGUAUUCGCUCACCUGGCUGGAACUCGCGAGAAGACGGUCGGUGUUGCCUCCUGCUGGCUAUGUCAUGGAAGACUGCGUGCACCGGUGUCCAGAACUCGACGCGUGUAUAAACUCGUCGUUGUGGUGCGACGGGGUGUCCCACUGUCCGUCUGGCUACGACGAGGCCGCGAAGCACUGUUCGUUCAUCCUACGGCUUCCUUUACUGUACCUCGCCUUGGGGGCGGCUGGCAUCCUUGUGAUCUGUUGCUCCCUGUGCCUCAUUGCCUGCAGCGCCUGUCGACGUCAGAGGCACUCCACACACCACCGUCGUAUCAAGAGUUUGCCCUCAGAAGCGUCGACGAUCGGUAAAGAAGUUAUCUGCUGACACAGCGACAAUUCUGUGCGCUACGUGGAGGUCGACCGAGUCACCACUGUGUGACAAUGGCGCCGCUUCGAUUCGCAACUCAGCACUUCGCAGCAAGAUCGCCUACAAUUUGAUAUUUAUAAGGUUUCGCAGCGGUUUUAACUGAGAUACCACGCCAUCGGCACACAAGCUAAUUAACAUAUGCGGCGAUUCGAGAUAAUCGAAGGUAGUGAAGAUCACUGUGAUUUCGACUGUCGACAGUCUUCGAAUUUCCUGUACUCAUUUCUCUAACUGCUGAGUUUUUUUAGCCUCAAAUGGAUAACUCCUCUUCGUAAUUCAUCGUAAUUCCACUAAAACGUAAAUCAUGUACGGCAAAUUAUUUAUUACUAGUUGCUUUGUAAUAUAAACACCACUGCACAUGAAAAAAAUCAAAAUGUAUUAAGUGCAAUAUCGGAACAUAGGCUAACAGACUGGUUAAGUCAGGAUUUAUUCAACAAAUUCUCUUCUUUAACAAAGUAGUCACAAAGAACCUCAUCUUUGAACUUUGUCAUGUGUGAAUAUAAAUAAAAAAUAAUACAAUGUAA